GGCAGGAACAUGCUUCACGGCCCUUGGAACGGAGCUAAUGCUCCAGCUGUGACCCUCCAUGUUGAUGACAAGAAUGUUAAUAUGGAGGCCAUAUCAAUGGCUUUGACAUAUCUUUACAGGCAUCACCCUAAACUUAAUGAUAGUAACACCUUUCGUGUGCUUGCUGCUCCUUCUUUUCUUCACCUUCAGUUCCAUCAUGAAUAUGGCAUUCCAAGAUAUGCUUGCAGUAAGCUGUCCAAAAUUUAUUGGAGUUGAGAUCGUGCUCCUCAAGAAUUUAUUGCAGCAAAGAGGAUCGAACUAUUAUCUCUUGCCGGCUGAUGGAAACCGUGUCCUUGUGGCUAUAUCAAGACCACACAAUGGAAAAAAGCUUGAAUACAUUCUUGACCGAAACUUCAUAAUCCGAUACUGCAGCAUGUUUCGCAUCGGGACUCGAUUUAGGUGGAGAAAAUACAAACAGUUUCAAAAUUGGCUGAAUUCUUUGAUCAACAGGGCACCAAGGUUCUUCCAGCCUCAUCUGCGAGUAAUGAAUCUGUUGGUUCCCCCAACUGAAGGAUUAGUUGCAGAACAACAUCCAUGCUGGUUCUUGAAACAUAUUAACAAAACUGAUAGAGCAAAAAAUUUGAAAAUUCCAGAGUUCUUCAGGCCAUAUCUAUUUGCGCCACCACAUGGAAUUGCUCUUGUCUACAGUGGCUAUCACGUAUACCAUGUUAAGAACGAGAACCAUGAGCUGACUUUUGGGUGGAAUGAUGUCAUUCUAGAACACAAUUUCGGCAGCAACUAUACUUUGUUAUUGGGCUCUAUGGGUCAUCUUAUGUUUGAUCUAUUCAUAUUUGAUGAGAAAGGCCAUCAGAUCAAGUAUCCAUGGACAACUACUGCACUUAUUCAACAACCAAAUGCUCCAAUUGGUUGGGAUUCUAUUGCAGCUCAAUGCCAGGCCACAAACUCCACAUUCUUCACAUCGUGCUUGGUUACAACGUUCAGACAAUUUGGAGAUGAAUUCCGAUUUAUGAAGAAACUGUCGCAUGGAGAUUUACUUGCAUUGGAAUUGCGUGCGUCGAUUAAGGAUUUUCUCAAUGAGAUCGGACUUGACCGUAUGUGGCUCACAACGGGACACAGUACUUGGGAAGUGCAAUACACUGAUGGAUUCCUCGUUGGACAGGGUUGGAAUAAUUUCAUUGCUGCACACAAUCUGAAAUGUUAUGACACUCUCGUCUUCAGUUUUGAUUGGGAGUUAAAGAUGCAUGCCAUGGUGUUUGAUGAACUUGGCCGUGAAAAAACCUACAAUUGGUAUUAGCAACAUAAUAUGCUCUUUGGACGUCUUGCAGUCAUUGCUGUUGAUUAGAGCGUUUUUGAAAUCUUCACUGCAGUACGCCACCUUUUGUAAACGUGAUGGACUAAGACUUAUAUGCACGUCUGUAGUUUAUAAGACUGAAGCUACGAUAGUUUCUCUCUAUAAGACUAGGAUUAUGACGCUACGAUUAU